AUGUACGUAUCGGGAACUUUGAUAGGUGGUUUGGCGUUCGGUUUACUGUCAGACUGGGCCGGCAGAAGGGUUUCUCUCUUGCUUGCCUUAGGGUUGAGUGGAAUCUUCGGAUUAGGCUGGGUCUUUUCACCCACAUAUCCUUGUAGUAUAGCUAUACGGUUCAUGUACGGCAUGUUUACCAGCGAGAUAUUCACUCUCAGCACGACAUUAGCGCUGGAGCUUGUAGGGCCUCACAAACGCAUGAUAGCCGGAACAGUUGUGGGUAUCGUCUCCACGGCGGGCGGAGUAGUGGUAACGGGAAUAGCCUAUUUUCUGCGAGACUGGCGCCAUCUACAGUUAUCAAUAUCUGCGCCGUAUUUAGUAUUUGCAGCGACUUUGUUUUGGCUCCUUCCCGAAUCUCCCCGAUGGUUGCUAACGAAAGGACGCCACGAGGAAGCCGAGAAGAUCCUGAGGCGUGCAGCGAAAAUGAACGGCAAAGAAUUCCCCAAGGGCCUCUUGACCAAGGUGGAAAUAAACGAGCUGCCUAGCACGAGUAUCCGGGCUCUACUACACGCCCCAAAACUGAUGUUUAGGAUGCUGUUGUUGUAUAUUAAUUGGAUGGUACUCGACAUGACACACUACGGGAUAAGUCUCCAUACGGGCAACAUGGCGGGGAACAUCUACCUGAACUUUUUACUCUACUCCCUCGUGGAUUUCCCCGGAUAUGCUCUGUGUUUUACCAUAGACAGAUUUGGUCGGAAGAAGAUUUACACGCUGUGUUUAGUCACGGGCGGCCUGGCAUGCCUGUCAACUCUCUUCGUACAUCUCUAUGGAGAGGAAGAUGCUACUUAUUCUUACUACGUCAAAAUGGCGCUCUCUACAGUCGGGAAAUUAGGAAUCGCGGCAGCUUACGGAAUCAGUUACAUAUGGGGUGUUGAACUGUUCCCCACUGUGGUCCGUAACUUCAGUUUAGGUCUAGGCUCCGUGGCUUCCUGCGCGGGGGCUAUUCUUACUCCAAUAGUUGUCAAAACUGAAGAUAUGGUGUGA